AUGUUGAGGAACAACUCGAAGAUCCAAAAAGAACAACGAUCAAUGAUGUCAGAUGAGAUGAAGAUUCAAGGAUAUGAAAAGAGUAGCGCUCAGUGCAAAAUACGUAUGCAUACACUCAAACGAAAUUUCUGGGAUUGUAAAAAGUACAUGAAAACAAGAGACAAGUGUCGAAAACUGUGCAAGUUUUAUGAUAAACUGAACGAGAUUGUGGGCCAAAGACCAACAUCACCUGUGAAGAUGAUAGAAAGUAUGGGCCAGAGACAGCGUCUUGCCACACAGGUGAUGUCAGAUGACAGUUAUAACACAGCUGAGAUGGAGGGUGAUGGACAUAAUGAUGAUUUAGAAGAAAGGGAUGGUAGCGAACAUCUCGAUGCGAUUGAUGACAAGGACGAUCAAGCCGAAGAUGAUGAUGAUAAGGAUGAAAAAAAGGAAGAUGAGAAUGCAAACAAAAAUGACACAGAGAGGAAAGAAGAGGAGUCAGAAGACCAAGUCAAAAGGAAAACCAUGAAAAAAGACAAGGGAAUAAAGAAAACAAGACUGGAGACUGUUUUGGGAAGUAUAAUGAAAGUGCACUCGGAAAGUAACACAAAGUUUGAAAAUGCUAUGAUGCCAUUAGAACAUAAAGAAAAUUGA